AUGGAAUUUAAUGAGACAACUUCUCAAGUGUCAUACUUCAUCAUCGUGGGAUUUCCAGGACUCCAGGACUGGCCAUCAAGAACAGCCCUCUUCUCUGUGUUCUUUGUAAUCUAUGUGGUAGUACUCUUUGAAAAUAUUGUGCUUAUGGUCAUCAUAAAAUGGGAUGAAAAGCUACACUCUCCUAUGUAUAUUUUUAUUUUUAAUCUAACUCUGCUUGAUUUGACUAUCCCAUCAGUGACCAUUCCCAAAAUGUUAUGCUACUUAAUGAGCGAUGACAAUUCCAUAGGUUUCAGAACAUGUAUUGCUCAGAUGACUCUGUUUCUCAUUUUCAAUGGUGCCGAGGGUUUGAUUUUGGCAGCCAUGGCAUAUGACCGCUACCAGGCUAUAUGCAACCCACUUAAUUAUCACUCUGUAGUAACAAACAAUAUUGCUAUUAGGUUAUCACUUUGUUGCUGGACAGCAGCCAUUGCUUCAGUGUCUCCCUCUGUGUAUUUCAUUCUCAUUAAGCAGUUUUGUGGACAGAACAUAAUUUUUUACUUUUUCUGUAACUCUGCAUCCAUAGCUGCACUAGGGUGUAGUACUAGCAAAACAUUUUCUACCAUUACAUUAUUCUUAGGUUUGGUUCCCACACUUGUGAUACUGUUUUCUGUUGUUUUCUCAUACACAAAAAUCCUUCUAGCUGUAUUAGCCUUUGGAAACUCAGAGAAUCGAUGGAAAGCCUUUUCAACCUGUGCCAGCCAUCUCAUUGUUUUAGCCAUAUUUUUCCUAAUCUUGGCAUUUGUCUCCAUCUUUUCUCGAGUACCUGGAAUUUCUGCUGAUGCUGUGAUACUGGCAGGUGUGAUACAGAACAUUUUUCCACCAUUAGUCAACCCCAUUAUAUAUUGUCUAAAAACAAAGGAAAUCAGAAUAAGCAUUGUAAGGUUAAUGAAAACAAAUAUUAUUCAUUAA